AGAUGAUUUAUUCAGAAUAACAAGCCGCAGUCACCGAAUCUCAGACGCCAGAAAACGUGGAUCCGGAUCAAAACUGACGUCACUGAGGAUGUAUAAAACGGUGAAAUGUGCGACACCUGAAUCACAUUGUUUUUACAUUUCGACGCGUGAAUAUCGUUUUAGUUUUGUUUUUAGAAAUCGUGCGCCACUCUUAAUUAAAUAUGAAGGUCAGUGUGGUGUUUGUUUUGAUAGUUAGUGCAAUUAUUGGACUUACACACGGUUCCGCUAUACCGGUAUGGGAAUUCCUGAGGAAAGAUGAGAAGACGUCCUUCUUGUACUCCAUCUUCGCCAAAGACAUGGAGAAGCUUUGUGCAUCUGCUUCCUCCUCCAACUGCUUCAAGGACAACCUGAAGUACGGCCUGGACAAGCUGAAGAAGUUGUCGGAAGAGGAGCUGGACCUUUUGGACCCGUACCAACGUGAUGGCAACAACUUGCUUUGGACGACUUUAAUGGAAGGGCACAAACUCUCCGACCGUACACCAGAGCCUAAGCCAUCCACCACAGCCAAACCCAACAGCUACGACGACCAGUCGUUCGACGAACUGGAAUUCGGUGCUUCCGCCAAAAUCGAUGACGUACAGAAAGUGUCACCACCUGCAGGCUUCAUCUACAGACCUGGACCAGCGAACCAGUUCGAGAAGCAACACAACGCCCUCUCGAUCUCUUACUACGACACCACCAAGGAUGCCGAAGACUUGGACGCCAUCAACUACCCGCAAAUCCCUUUGAUUGGUCCCAUGGUGGUGCGAGUACAUCCUGACGGUACGCCCGUGGAGGAAGUCCAAAGGAUACCCCAAGACGACGACCUGAGGCAGUACCAGCUGACCAAAAUCAAACUUCCCGAUUUCUAACUUAAAACCAUUCAAUCAAGUUUGAUCUCAUAUUAACUUAUUUGUUGUUGUUGAUAUUUAUUUGUUGUUACAUGUGAUAUUUGUUUAGGAUGUAUUUAUUUGUGUGCAUGUUUUGUUAUGUGAUGCGAAUAACAAUAAAUUAAUUACAAAGUU